AGGUGACCGAAAAAGCUGCACUGGCACAAAGACAAGCAGCUGACCAGGCCACUAUGGCCUUGGCCGAGAGCAUGAUGAACAUGGCGGAUGACAUGGAAAGAGUGAAGCAGCUCGCCACCCGCGACGUUGACGAGUGCAACGAGUGUGACACUGACGAGGAGCUCGACUCCCGGGAAGCGGAAGCCAAUCUUCCAGCUGUCGCCACUGCCAUCGCCGAGUCGCCAGGGUCGCCAGGGUCGCCAGGGUUGCCAGGGUCGCCAGGGGACAGGGGGUCCGGUGUCAUGAAGGAAGCCAAGGAAGGCCUUGUGCGGACUGGGCUGAUGGCACUGGAAGCACAGAGUGACGAUGAGUUGUUGGGCCUCGCUCCCCGGUCUCAACCAACUCGUCGCCAAAACAAAACAUGGCAACUUGAGGAGGAAAAGAUAGAAGAAGAUAGAAGAGCAGCCGAAGAGGCACUGCAAGCCCAUUUGGAAGAGCGCAGACAAAUGGCAGAGGAUGAGGCGGCUUUAGCAGAAGCAAGAAGAGCAGCAGAUCAGGCAAUGAAGGUGUACGUGAAGGAAGAGCGCAGAAGAAUCGCGGAGGCUGAGGCAGCACUCUCAGAAGCAAGAAGGGCAGCAUUACAGGCGCAAUUAGAAGAGCGGCGAAUAGAGGAGGCUAGAGUGGAAAGAGAGAGCAGCGAAGAGGCAUUUUGGAAUCCUUUGCAGGCACAACUGGAAGAAGAACGGAAAAGAUUCGCACAGGAGGCUGCACGAGAACAAGCAAGAAGAGCUACAGAAGAGGCACGACUGGAAGAAGAAAGGAGAAGACUGGCAGAGGAGGCGGCACAAGAAGAAGCACGAAGGAUUGCGGAAGAGGAAAGACUGGAAGAAGAACGGAAAAGAUUGGCAGAGGAGGAGGCUGCACGAGAACAAGCAAGAAGAGCUGCAGAAGAGGCACGACUGGAAGAAGAAAGGAGAAGACUGGCAGAGGAGGCGGCACAAGAAGAAGCACGAAGGAUUGCGGAAGAGGAAAGACUGGAAGAAGAACGCAAAAGAUUGGCAGAGGAGGAGGCUGCACGAGAACAAGCAAGAAGAGCUGCAGAAGAGGCACGACUGGAAGAAGAAAGGAGAAGACUGGCAGAGGAGGAGGCCGCACAAGAAGAAGCACGAAGGAUUGCGGAAGAGGAAAGACUGGAAGAAGAACGGAAAAGAUUGGCAGAGGAGGAGGCUGCACGAGAACAAGCAAGAAGAGCUGCUGAAGAGGCACGACUGGAAGAAGAAAGGAGAAGACUGGCAGAGGAGGCGGCACAAGAAGAAGCACGAAGGAUUGCGGAAGAGGAAAGACUGGAAGAAGAACGGAAAAGAUUGGCAGAGGAGGAGGCUGCACGAGAACAAGCAAGAAGAGCUGCAGAAGAGGCGGCACAAGAAGAAGCACGAAGGAUUGCGGAAGAGGAAAGACUGGAAGAAGAACGCAAAAGAUUGGCAGAGGAGGAGGCUGGACGAGAACAAGCAAUAAGAGCUGCAGAAGAGGCACGACUGGAAGAAGAAAGGAGAAGACUGGCAGAGGAGGCGGCACAAGAAGAAGCACGAAGGAUUGCGGAAGAGGAAAGACUGGAAGAAGAACGGAAAAGAUUGGCAGAGGAGGAGGCUGGACGAGAACAAGCAAUAAGAGCUGCAGAAGAGGCACGACUGGAAGAAGAAAGGAGAAGACUGGCAGAGGAGGCGGCACAAGAAGAAGCACGAAGGAUUGCGGAAGAGGAAAGACUGGAAGAAGAACGGAAAAGAUUGGCAGAGGAGGAGGCUGGACGAGAACAAGCAAUAAGAGCUGCAGAAGAGGCACGACUGGAAGAAGAAAGGAGAAGACUGGCAGAGGAGGCGGCACAAGAAGAAGCACGAAGGAUUGCGGAAGAGGAAAGACUGGAAGAAGAACGGAAAAGAUUGGCAGAGGAGGAGGCUGCACGAGAACAAGCAAGAAGAGCUGCAGAAGAGGCACGACUGGAAGAAGAAAGGAGAAGACUGGCAGAGGAGGCGGCACAAGAAGAAGCACGAAGGAUUGCGGAAGAGGAAAGACUGGAAGAAGAACGGAAAAGAUUGGCAGAGGAGGAGGCUGCACGAGAACAAGCAAGAAGAGCUGCAGAAGAGGCACGACUGGAAGAAGAAAGGAGAAGACUGGCAGAGGAGGCGGCACAAGAAGAAGCACGAAGGAUUGCGGAAGAGGAAAGACUGGAAGAAGAACGGAAAAGAUUGGCAGAGGAGGAGGCGGCACAAGAAGAAGCACGAAGGAUUGCGGAAGAGGAAAGACUGGAAGAAGAACGGAAAAGAUUGGCAGAGGAGGAGGCUGCACGAGAACAAGCAAGAAGAGCUGCAGAAGAGGCACGACUGGAAGAAGAAAGGAGAAGACUGGCAGAGGAGGCGGCACAAGAAGAAGCACGAAGGAUUGCGGAAGAGGUGCUCCAACAGGGGGAAAGAUUGGAAGAAGAACGGAGAAGAUUGGCAGAGGAGGAGGCUUCACGAGAACAAGCAAGAAGAGCUGCACAAGAGGAUAUGGGCAAGGAGUUCUUCACUUCUCCAGCAAACACUCAGACGGCUGAAGCUGCGCAAUGUGUUGAUUGCGAUGCCAAUAGGGUGUGCAGUGCAUGUUCGCGUGCUCUUCAGGUUUUUUGUGCCCUCGCCACCGGCACGAGGGAGGUGCCAGCCAUCCGGACUGAGAAUGUUUGGGACUGCGGAGGCGGCGCCACUGAUCGCGCUGAUCCCUGCGGUCCCUGCGUUCCCUGUCCCUGCGUUUCCGAGUGGCCCACUGCGCUGGCAAUGACCAGCUCAAACUGGGCGACUACCAGGACAUCGCUCUUGGCGCUGGCAGCUCCACCAGGCGAUCGAAAGGUGGAAGAACUGAAGUCACGCCAGCAGGACACUAUAGAAAUUCCCUGGGGACAAAUGCUGGAGAGAGGCGAUCGGCAGCCAAGCUCAGAAAAGGCAAAUGCUAUGGAGACGCUAGAGAGCAGGGCAUCGUCACCCGCCAAGUCCAUGUUGAACAACACACGUUCACCAUGGUCAGAUCAUCGAGAAGCGGUGGAAAGUCCUCGUUCGCUGCGGGGACAAGUGCUGGAGAGAGGCGAUUGGCAGCCAAGCUCAGAAAAGGCAAAUGCUAUGGAGACGCUAGAGAGCAGGGCAUCGUCCCCCGCCAAGUCCAUGUUGAACAACACACGUUCACCAUGGUCAGAUCAUCGAGAAGCGGUGGAAAGUCCUCGUUCGCUGCGGGGACAAGUGCUGGAGAGAGGCGAUUGGCAGCCAAGCUCAGAAAAGGCAAAUGCUAUGGAGACGCUAGAGAGCAGGGCAUCGUCACCCGCCAAGUCCAUGCCACGGUCCAUUGCGGCGAAUUUUUUGACCUUCCAGGAAUCGGAGCCACGUGUAGUUCCAGAGAGUCCAAGACUCGUCCCCAGCCCGGUCAAUUCAUCCGUGGUGGCACGACGACUGCGACAAAAGGUCUAUGGACUUCGAGGAUCAGCGAGUGCCAAGGGACUUUCAGCUGUGGAAGCCGAAGCAGAGGUGCAGGGAGCGUCACCAGAGGGGUUAGUUUCUGUCCAUUUCCCCAUGCGCAAAAGGCACCAUGGCAAAGCAGUGAAGGGGCGUUUUGAGAAGACAUGGCAGAGGACACAGGCAAAGCUUGCUCAGCGGCAUGGGAAAACCUUUGAAUGGCCUGACCUUUGCAUAUCCUCGUGCAUCGAAGGACUUGACGGGGCUCCUGCAUUCAACUUAGCUUGGGGUGCCAGCGACUUGACCCGACAUCAUGCCAUCAGCCGUCAGCCUGACCUGAUUGUUUUCCCACCGGACCGCGACGUGGGUUUGGAGCUCCAAUGUAUGCCCUUGGCUGCACAUGAUGUGACUGUGGCUGCGGACCCCAGCAGAGGUCAAAACAUCGGUCUUGAGGCCUUCAGCGACUUGUCCUGGCAGAGCCUUUGCAGUGCCGGCGUGGGACAGGUGCUCUAUGCCAUCGGCCCCCCAACUCUCUUUGCGUCCGUGGAGAAAUGCGUCACUUGGUGCAAAGAUUUCCUGCUCACGUUGGCCAUGCGCAAGCGCCGGCUCGAGUCUACCUCACCGGCCUGGCUGCGGGCCAUUCGGUGGCCUUGCGGCUUCGUGCAUGGCAACGGCAAGAGAAGAGCUGGAGCGCCUUUGGAAACGUCUUGGUCAUUGUUCUGCCAUCCGACAACGAAGGCGCAGGAGUUGAAGUUUCUCAGCUCCUUUCGAGCAUUCGAGCGACAGCUCAUCCUGGUGGGCCCUAGGACAGUCCAUUCCUGUGUUCUACCGCUAAAGCGAGUGGUGGACAAAAACUUCGCGAGUGGCCGCUAUUGUGUGAAAUCAGAGGCUACAGAGUCGUCAGAGUUGAAGAUGAACAGCAGCAGCAGCCAGAGUUUUCAGGUGGACGACCCGCAAAGUAAGACCGUCGGUGCUUUGAAGCAGCAGCUUUUUGCCGAUGCGUUAAAGGCGCAGAGAUUUGUCCGCUUCAUUGCUGGCGGACGGAUUUUGGAGGACACCUCCUCUCUGGACAAGUGCAACCUCGGUCCAGAAUCUCACAUCCACGUGUCCAUCAGCGGCAAGUCGCAGAAUGGAGCACAAACUAUGCCAUCUGCAGCUGUUGCGCAGGCACAGACUUCGCAAGUGGAGCGCGACUCUGACUUGCAGGAGUGCGUGGCACUUGUGCAGAAGAUUAGCGAGCUUCCUUGCGAUGGUAGGCUCCGCAAUGGUCUUUCCUUAUGCACUGCAAAAGCAUCGGCACUCGUCCUCAAACACGUGUCAGUGGCAUGUUCGUUUGAUGUCUUCGGCGAUGCAUUUGGGGAGUUUCUGUCGGCAGAACCAACGAAGAUCGUUCGCUAA